CUCAGAUUUACAACACCACCUGAACGUAUUAAAUAUCAGUUUCGGAGUAUAUUUGAGGGGAAAAAAACGACAAAAAUAAAUUACGUAUGUUGAUAUGUGAUAUUUUAUUAGCUUAUUCUGUCAUUUAGCGAUAACCACAUCCGUAUAACCACAAACAAGCGUAUUUUACCGCUCUUAACGUUAAUUGUGCUUGUGAAAAUGUUACCCCCAGUAACCUUUUCCAAAUUACAAUAGUUCCUCUGUACUUUUCACAUUUUAUCAGUAUUACUGAGAGUGUUGCUGUACUUUAUUUGCUCAUAGUAUGGAAAUUGUUUAAUAAAUCCCGCCUCUUACAACACGUGACAGCUGAUUGGUUAGAGGAAAUGUAUCUCAUAUGGCUUUAUUAUAUGGAGCAGCGCAGUUCUAUCAUAACACAUGAGCGGGAAUCCAGUUGACAACAAGAGGAUUAAACAUCACUCGGGAUCGGAAUUACUACCAGUAAAGGUCAGAGAGAAGAGGAGCUGCAGAUGCCAUGGCCUCAGAUGCAAGUCACAUGUUAGAAGCCGCCUUGGAACAAAUGGAUGAUAUUAUUGCUGGUUCAAAGGCAGUGGCGGAGUUGAGUAACGGGCUGUAUGAUCUGGGCUCUCCGGUGAGCGUCGGGCCCCUGCAGAUCCUCCAGCUGGCAGAAGAGCUGAGGCUGGCACUCGAGCUGCAGGCCGGAGACGAGGAGCGACACUCACUGCGCUCACAACUGCCCUGCUCCACCGCACACACACUCCUGCACUGGCUGGACAGAGGAGCGCUCAGCCAGGUUAACCAUCAGAGCUCAAGCAACAAUGAGACCUAUCAAGAGCGGCUGGCGAGAUUAGAAGGGGACAAAGAGUCUCUGGUUCUCCAGGUGAGCGUCCUCACUGACCAGGUUGAAGCUCAAGGAGAAAAAAUCAGAGAUCUGGAAAGCUCCCUGGAAGAACAUCACCACAAACUAAUUUCUACUGAGGAAAUGCUCCAGCAGGAGCUCUUCAGUCGAACUUCACUGGAGACGCAGAAACUGGAACUGAUGGAUGAAGUUUCCUAUCUGAAACUCAAGCUGGUCGGCAUGGAGGAGGAACACAACCACAUCGAUGAAGAGGACAAACAUCAUAAAGCAGAGAGCGUGGUUAAUCUAAUUAGUGAACUACAGGAGCAGAUGUGUAAAUUCCAGGAGGAAAUCAGCAAUCGCAUUCAGGAGCAACGGGCCCUCGAGAGCCUUGGGGACAGUGGCACACGUGAGGCUCUUGACCAGAGCCCCGAUGUGGGCCUUGGUGCCUCGGAUGCUGAGGACUGCAGCUGCCGCUGUAGAAGCGGAGGAGAGAAUGCUUUGCUACAAGAGCUUCGCCUUCUUAAAAACAAAGUUGAAGAACUAGAAGGGGAGAAAUCUCAAUAUGAGAGGAAGCUCAAAGCCACAAAGACUGAAAUUGCCAAACUCCAACAGCUGCUUGCUACGAAAGAUGCAGAAAUCGAGUGUCUACAGAAUCAGCUUCUGUCCCGAGGAACCAUCAACAAUGACAUUACAGAGAGAGAUCAAGAGUUGCAGAGGUUAAAAACUGGAAUGGAGACACUCAUCGCUGCCAAUAAUGAGAAGGAUCGCCAUAUUGAGGAACUCAAUGUUCUCCUGGGCCAGUACAGAAAACUGAAGGACGGUUUGGCUCUUUCUCAAGUGAACAAUGAUUCAUUGCUGUGUGGGAGCAGUGAAGAGGAUCUUAGUGGCAAUCGAAAAAUAAGAGCCCUGACCCAUAAAGCAUACUCGGACAUCAUUAGAUCAGAACUACAGAUGUCAUCCAGAGGCCCGUCUCCAUUCCUGGUGUCUCCUCCAUGUUUACAGAGAGAUCUGGACUCCAGGUCACUGCAGCGGAUGCUGUCCAGCAGUUUGGAGGAGCUCCAGAGCGGCAGCUUGCAGAUGCAUGUAGUGGAACGUCCAGUAGAAGCUGCUUUAGAGAACCGCUAUAAUCCGGAAAACAACAAAUACCAGACUUUGCCGGGCAAAUUGAAUCGUCCAGAUCAGAAUGGCUUGAGGCUUCAGUGUUCACCGCUGCUGAUCUCUCCUGAUGACAGUGAAGACAGUCAGUUCAACCUCAGAAAGAUUGAGAAGGCAGAUGACUCGACCCUGUCUGACCUGUCGCCGCUGUCGUCUGGAGUGGAGUCGGGACAGCAGUCGCCCGUCUCUCCAGAACAUAAGAAGAACCAGAAGGGCAUCCGAAAACUCUGGGGAAAGAUCAGGAGAACACAGUCUGGCAGUCUUCCAGCAGACUCUGAUUCAGACUUCAAAAGAGGAGGUUUCAGGGCCACAGCAGGACCAAGGCUCACCUGCCUGGGCAUCAGCACUUCAUCACGUGAUACAAAUGCCCCCUUCUCAAAAUGGUCAUGUGAUCAGGUGUGUACAUGGAUGGAGGACUUUGGUUUGGGUCAGUAUGUGAAUAUGGCCAGACAGUGGGUCACUAGCGGUCAGUCUCUUCUCUCAGCCUCCUCACAUGAGAUUGAAAAGGAGUUAGGAAUUAAACAUCCGCUACACAGGAAGAAGCUACAGCUGGCACUGCACUCCUUCAGCUCUAAAAUCACAGAGAAGUCUUCUGAGCUUGACUACAUCUGGGUCACACGGUGGCUGGAUGAUAUUGGAUUACCACAAUACAAAGACCAGUUUAAUGAAGGACGUGUGGAUGGUAGAAUGCUGCAGUACUUGACUGUGAAUGAUCUGCUGUUCCUCAAAGUCACAAGUCAACUACACCAUCUGAGCAUCAAGUGUGCGAUACACGUCCUACAUGUAAACAAGUUCAACCCAAACUGCCUCAAACGAAGACCUGGAGAUGAGAAUAAGACCUCUCCUUCUGAGGUUGUACAGUGGUCCAAUCACAGAGUAAUGGAGUGGCUCAGAUCUGUUGAUCUGGCAGAAUAUGCCCCCAACCUGAGAGGCAGCGGAGUGCAUGGAGGACUCAUAAUCUUAGAACCUCGUUUUAACUCGGACACCCUGGCAAUGCUCCUGAACAUCCCGCCUCAGAAGACUCUUUUGCGGAGGCAUCUGGCCACCAACUUCAACACUCUGGUGGGCUCUCAGGCUCAGCAAGAGAAGCAAGAGUUCCUGGAGUCCUCAGGCUAUACACCGUUGACCACCACAGCUAAAGUCAGGCCACGUAAAAUCGGUUUCUCCAGUUUUGGUCCACGUAAGAAGCGCUCGGACGACUCCACAGACUACAUCUGUCCUCUGGAUGCGUCCCAAGCCCAGGCCCUCCUGAAUGGGGCAAACCGGCCCUACAGUGGCUUCAGGGGCCUGAGCCCAAUCUUCGACAGGGACCCCGAGAGACGGGAGCAGAUCUUGCAUGCUAAAGGAUCAGGAAUGCAGAUUGAAGCCUUAUCCAAAGGAAUUAACAACCUCACAUACUUAUUGAGCCGAGACGAGUUGCUGAGAGGAAUGAGACGCAGCCAGACUGCCAUAGUGUGAUUGGACCGCACCACAUUAACAUCAUCCCACUGAAAACCAGAGCUCAUCCUAACCCACCUCACCCUCAACCUGCAAGACUGCUGCUGUGUAACACAAUCACUGCGUUCGAAACCAAAUACUACAUAAGUGCACAACAAAAUAGUAGUAUUUCUGAUUUUACAGUAGUCAUAAAACAGAAAGAACCAAGGAGCUGUGUUUCCAGAGGUGUAAAAAUAGUGUAAGCAUGGCCCCUUGUUUUCUACCUAGGGAAAGACCUAGCUCUUUCAUCUCUUUUCAAGACCUUCGCUCAACUUUGGAACACAAAUGUAGAUCUUUUUGAUGAAAUCAGUUGUUAUUUUUGUCUGGUUUUAUUUGCGCACAAAAGUACUUGCUUUUGUCAUAGUCACUGUUUUGACCAUGUUCUUGGUACUUUUAUGGACCCUAGCUGUUUACUGAGGGUCAGAGAGUUCUUGGAUUUCACAAACAAAUAUUUUAAUUUGCUAACGAUAACCUCAUGACCAUGUUCUUGGUACUUUUAUGCACCCUAGCUGUCUACGGAGGGUCAGAGAGUUCUUAGAUUUUGUAAAAAAGACAUCUUAAUUUGCUACAGAUAACCUCAUGACCAUGUUUUUGGUAUUUGUAUGGACCCUAGCUGUCUACGGACGGUAAGAGUUAUUGGAUUUCACAAAAAAAUAUCUUAAUUUGUUACCAAUAACCUCAUGACCAUGUUCUUGGUACUUUUAUGGACCCUAGCUGUCUACAGAGGAUCGGAGAGUGCUCAGAUUUUAUAAAAAACAAAUUAGUUUUCUACUAAAAACCUAAUAGUCAAUGCAAUGACAUGUAGCAUAACUGCACUGUGGUCGUCCCGAGUUCGAAUUCCGACUCGCAGACAUUUCCCAAUGCCAUCCCCUUUUUUUCUCCAACUUUACUUUCUGUCAAACUCUACUGUCCUAUCAUAAUAAAUGCAAAAAUCACAAAAAUAAAUCUAAAUUUGAGUUCUGAAGGGCUUACGAAUUUAUAAUGAUAUGAAGAUAAGUAAUUACUGACAGAAUUUUCAUUUUUGGCUGAAUUUUCCCUUUAAGAUGUGUUUUAAGGACACAUUUUAAGAAACCACCAAGACGGGGCCUUAGUAGAACCCAAGUGUGCAUCACUUUUUAUGAAAAGUGAAGCCAAAACAUUUUCAUUGCCCUCUGGUGGCUGACUGCAGUACAGGUCAAAAAAGAAACCAUUAAAACAGGGCGAACAUUGUCACACUCUAGGCCUAAAAAAGUGAAACCAACUCAUUGAGCGCCCUCUAGUGGCUGGCAGCAGGACUAGCCUUUUUAUAAAUAUCUGAAUUGUAUGCCAAACAAAGAAAUUACACUACACCACAAGUACAUUUUCCCAAAGAUGGUACAACCAUUUUAGACUGUCUAUAUCAGUGUUUCUCAACCACGUUCCUGGAGGACCACCAGCUCUGCACAUUUCAAGUGUAAUUUAAGUGCGUUUAAUAAGUGUCAUUUCUUUAUUUUGGUUAUAGUUUGUUUAUUGGAUGCUAUAAAAAUGAGGUGUGACAUCAUAACCCCGCGCUUGUGAUUGGGUCACCAGGACUAUUGGUUGGGACGUUUGAUACCGUGGCUUUACCUUAUGAUCCAAAUAAUGGCAUUGGUCCUAGAUGACAGCAGGCAAACCUGGUGUAUUUUGGAUUCAUUUUUCUAUCAAGUCUAUGGUCAGUGUGGCGGCUCAAUCAAUCUUCAAAUGUGGCCUUCUAAGAAUGCAGCUUCUCAAUUAAAACACAGCCUCUCCAUGAAAUUAGUACACAAUCAAAUAUAGUACGUUUCAUGUGAUGACUCAGAAAUUUUCUUUUUCACCAUUCAAUUCUGUUAUUAUAUUAUUAAUUAAUAUUGAUUUUGGAUUUGGGGUUAUAAUGUACUGUAUGAAGUUGAUUUUCCAAGAAAAAAAGUGUGUAUAUGUUAUGCAAGCAGCCCUUAUUUUACUGUAUGUCAACUGAUAAAAUUGUCUACCUCUGCCUUUUUUGUUUGUAAUAUGAUCUUGUUUUCCAAUGGAUCUGUUUGUGAGUAAAUCCAUCUGUUUGC